AUGGUGUUUUUGAACGCAGUCCAUGUGAACGACCGAGUAGACCAUGGUGUAAGAAUACACCAUGGAGUAGACCGUAGACCUGCGUAGACCCGGCGUGACAUCGAGAAUCAUAUGGUACUGUUUAUCUAAUUUUUUUUUCAUAUCAUAUUCUACUACAUGUACGCGGUACGAUGGCAUACAAAAAUCUUUGCACGAAUAUCAUUAAAGAAAGUCAGAUACUGGAUAAAUGUUUAAAAGCCGUUAUAACUAAACGCGGUUAUUCGGCAAACAUACAUUCAGAGGAUGCUGAGAAAUCGACACACUUUGGUUUUCAAACGGUUAAGGAGAGUGAGAAAGCAAGAGAAGUAUAUACCGUGUUUGAAAAUGUCGCUAAUUCGUAUGACUUGAUGAAUGACACAUUAAGUCUGGGUAUCCAUCGCAUCUGGAAAGAUAUCUUUAUACAAGAAUUAGGACCUACUCAUGGUACCCAUCUUUUGGAUUCUGCCGGUGGUACGGGCGACAUUACAUUUCGGUAUAUUAAUUUUCUAAAGAAUACACCAAAUCCACAAAAUGUACGUAGCCACGUAACUGUGUGUGAUAUAAAUCAACAUAUGCUGGACGUUGGGAAAAAUCGGGCAAAUAAGCUAGGUAUAUCGCAGGACAGUAAUUAUGAUAUUACAUGGAAGCAAGAAGAUGCGGAGAAGCUUACCUUUCCAGAUGAUUCUUUCUCCGCUUAUACCAUAGCGUUUGGAGUAAGGAAUGUGACUCGCAUUGACAAGGUAUUGUCCGAGGCAUACAGAGUGUUACAACCAGGAGGAAGAUUUUUAUGUCUAGAAUUUAGCCAUAUCGACAAUAAACCUAUACAAUGGUUAUACGAUCAAUAUUCCUUUCAAUUAAUACCUGUAAUGGGAGAACUGAUUGCAGGACAAUGGAAAGCUUAUCAAUAUCUUGUAGAAAGCAUAAGAAGGUUUCCAAAACAAGAGGAUUUUAAGAAUAUGAUCGAAUUUGCAGGCUUCAGAAAUGUGACUUAUCAAAAUCUUACAUUUGGUAUGGUUGCUAUUCAUUCAGGAUUUAAACUGUAGAUAUCUCGUUAGAACAAGAAAUUAAUUUCUAAGUAUAAAUCAAAUUUAUAGUAAAAAUUUAUAUAUUCUCCGUAGUGUUUUCUUAUUUUUGUUUAUUAUUUCUCAUUAAUUAGCAUCAUCCAUUUCUUUCAGAAAAAUUAUUGUUUCUCGAUCACGUUAAUUACUGUAUAAUAUUGUAAAUAAAAUUAUGUAAAUAUA